AUGUCAGACGGCCUGGACGAUGAGCUGAUCGCGCUUGUGGGGGAAGACGCGUCGAGUCCCCCUGCGCGUGCGCACUCGCCGAGCACGGGCAAGUCACAUCGUCGGUCUGCAUUGCUGUCCGACCUGUCCUCCGAUGAGGACGCGUCCGGGGACGAUGACAAAGAAGAGAGAAACCCGUACCCCCUCGAGGGCAUAUACAAGGACGAGGACGAUCGUGAAUGGCUCCUGAGCAUGAAUGAAUUAGAACGUGAAGAUGUCCUUUCACAACGUCGCGAUGAAAUCUCACGACGACAACAGCAGGCCCAGCUUGCGGCAAUGGUUCGCUCUCAGCAAGCUGCUGCCGGUAAGACGCGUCGCACCUCGCAGAAGAAGACCAAGAUGACCGCCGAUCAGCGUGCGAAGCGACGCAGCGCGGAUGCCCGGCGCGAGUUGGAAGACUUAGCGGAUCCGUUCGCCGAGGAUACAGACGAGGAGGAUGUGUUCCGUGAGUCGGACGACGACGACGACGACGACGCGGCGCCGUCACAGGCACGCCGUCGGCCUACGUCUACCAAGGCUGACAAGCUCUCAGAGCUGCGUCGGAAGCGCCAGGAACGCGCUCAUGGCGUCUCAUCGCGUGCUGAUGUGAGUGACGACGACGAGCCACCGCCACGUCGACGCCGACGUCGUGCGUUGGAUAGCGACGAUGACUAUGCGAGUGAGUCGGAUUACGAGCCAUCGUAUACGUUGCGUCGAUCCCGUGGCGAGCCUGCGAUUAUGACGGCGACCAGCGAUGAGCCGCCAUCGUUGGCCUUGCUCAACUCGGUCCGUCUGGGCCGCGACGAGCUGGAGCGAUUGUUAUUCCUCCCGAACGGCAAAGACUUGGUGCGUGGGUGCUUUGUGCGAUGCUCCUGGGGUAUGCGUGAGAAACGCGAAGGUGGAAAGGAGCAUGUAUACCGUGUGCAUCAAAUUACCGAUGUACAACAGCGCGAAAAGUACUAUGAUGUUAGCACGGACCAUGCAGGUCGGUGGAUGAACAGCUACGUCUCUUUCCGAUGGGGCGGCAAGGAUCACAGUGUGGACUUGCGGCCCCUGAGUACGCAAGUGAUUAGCGACUCAGAACGGCAGCGCUGGAUCGCUGCGGCAGGGCCGGACGCCAAGUUCCCCAGCACGGAGGCCAUUCAAGCUAAGCAUCAACAAUUGGAAGCUGCGUUGACGACGCCUCUCACGGAGGACGACGUGAAAAAGAUCCUGCUUCGCAAGCGUGAGCUACGAGAAGCUGCACAUGCCAGUGGCUAUGGCCAUGCUGCUGCACACGCUACGACGUCCACAGCGUCGUCCCGCUUCGACGAGCACACUAUGGCACAAAUAAAUGAGCGCAAUCGCAAAUUGGAUCGCGAGCGUAUCCAGGAAGCCGAACGACGUGCAGCGCGGGCCAAGAAAGCCGCAGCGUUGUCGUCAUCAUCGUCGUCUGCCCCGCAGGCCCCUGUGGACACCGAUCCUGCCCAGGUCUCUGCUGCGCUGGCCUCUGCGCCCUCUGGGACGGCCAUUGUGCCUACGAUUGAUGUGGACUUGGGCGACUUUUAA